GGUGAUCCUCGAGGCAGAGGAGAGGAAGGUCUGAGCUUUGAUCUCUUCAUGUUUGCUUCCUGCUGAGAUCUACAUCUCAUUGCCCAUCACCAAGGAGAAGAAGCCUCUUCCAUCCAACAUCAACAUGGGGGUGACACUUUCGUGCCCCGGAGAGAUCCAUAAUUCCAUGAACGAUCGCUUGGAAGCUCUCAUCGUGAGGUCUCUCAGUUUCGGUGACAACGUGAGAUCGACUCUGCGGUCCAUCAGCUUCAAUGGCCGCGACUCCAAGCCUGCCAACCUCAAGUCUCUUGGCCCCGGGAAACGACUGAUAGAAGGAUCUGUGAGCUUUAAUGGAAGGGUAAUGGACCCUUUCCACUUGGACUCCGAUAUCGCGGUAAAGACUGCUGCUCCUAAGCAAGAUGUGCCCGCAAAGAUUGAUCAUCCCAAGAUAUCGAGGUUCAGUCCUCUGGGGAAGAGGUCCUUGGAAUCAGAUUUGAUCGGGCCUGGCAGCCCCAAGCAUGAAGCUGCCGUGAAGUUGCAGAAGGUCUACAAGAGCUUUCGGACAAGGAGACAGCUCGCAGACUGUGCCGUCCUCGUAGAGCAGAGCUGGUGGAAGCUGUUAGAUUUUGCAUUGCUCAAGCGAAGCUCCGUGUCGUUCUUCGACAUCGAGAAGCAAGAAUCUGUGGUUUCGCGGUGGUCGAGGGCGAGAACGAGGGCUGCAAAGGUGGGGAAGGGUCUAUCCAAGGAUGAGAAAGCUCAGAAACUUGCCUUGCAGCAUUGGUUAGAGGCAGUGAGUGUCUCAUCUCAGUUCACAGAACAAUCUGUGUCAUUCAUUUCUAUCGAUGUUUUUAAUGUUAUAUAUCGACAGAUCGAUCCUCGACAUCGGUAUGGUCACAAUCUCCAGUUCUACUAUGACUGCUGGCUUCAACGCGAGAGCAUGCAGCCUUUCUUCUACUGGCUCGAUGUAGGGGAAGGAAAGGAGGUCAACCUCGAAGAACAGUGCACUCGAUCGACACUGCAACAGCAGUGCAUCAAGUAUCUUGGCCCUAAAGAAAGGGAUGCCUACGAGGUCAUAAUCGAGGAUGGAAGAUUCAUGUACAGGAAGAGCAGACAGGUGAUAGACUCGUCUGAAGGUCCGAAAGAUGCGAAGUGGAUCUUCGUCCUAAGCACACUGAAGAAACUAUAUGUUGCUCAGAAGAAGAAAGGCACGUUUCAGCACUCUAGUUUUCUUGCCGGGGGAGCUACUUCUGCUGCUGGCCAACUGGUACUAGAAAAAGGAGUUCUCAAGGCUGUGUGGCCUCAUAGCGGCCAUUAUCGCCCGACCGAAGAGAACUUUCAGGAUUUCAUGAGCUAUCUUGCAGAAAAAAAUGUCGAUCUCACUGAUGUUAAGAGAAGUCCAACCGAAGAGCAUCAAGAAGAACACUGCAGGAGACCAGGAAAGCACCACUCGAAGCUGAACGUGGCUGAAGGAAAUGUCUCUACCAAGCGUGAAACCGAUGCAGAUUUAGAGCAUGAAGGAGGAGAACACUGCAGUAGACCAGGAAAGCACCACUCGAAGCUGAACAUGGCUGAAGGAAAUGUCUCCACCAAGCCUGAAACCGAUGCAGAUUUAGAGCAUGAAGAAGAAGAACACUGCAGUAGACCAGGAAAGCACCACUCGAAGCUGAACAUGGCCGAAGGAAAUGUCUCCACCAAGCCUGAAACUGAUGCAGAUUUGCCUCGAGCAUCCUUCACUGGGAACACAAGCAUUAACAACAUUACCACGUGCGAGGGAGUGAACCUUAGCAGAACAGUUGCUGAUCCGAAACCAGAGGGAACACUCGAGGUGCAGCAAGAUCACAAUCUCCACAAGCAGCAGAUGACUGCUGAAGAACACGACAUGACCAGACCAGAGAACGUGUGUGUUGAGGAGCAGGAAGAGGGUGGAGAAGCUGUGAUAUCGUCGGAACUGAUACGUCGAAGGAUAAACUCGAAGAAGGGCAUCAACUCGUAUCAGCUGGGGAAGAAGCUCUCCUUCAAGUGGACGACGGGAGCAGGGCCUCGAAUAGGGUGUGUGAGGGACUACCCAUCGGAGCUCCAGUUUCGUGCACUGGAGCAAGUAUGCUUGUCGCCGACAGGUGCAGGGAUGUCUAGGUUAGCUUCACCGCGGACCGCGAGAUGCCAGAGUCCGCUGACACAGGAGAAAUCUUUGCUCAAGGAAGUGCUGCAGCAAUCUCACAUGCAAAUGACACAGGAGAAAUCUUUGCUCAAGGAAGUGCAGCAGCAAUCUCACAUGCAAGACAAUGGAAGAUGAAGGGAACCUGUUCCUCUGAACCAUUUACAUAUGUAUAUGU